UUCAUUUCUUAUUUAUUUUAGGCGAUUAGCAAUAAGUUUAAAGAGAUGAGGAAGAAACAACUCCCACAUACAUGCAGCAGGAGAGGAUAUGCUCGAACAAUGGAUGACAUGAGUAGGGAAAGCUCAAAACCUGUAACAAGAGUUCAAGCUUUCUUAAAGACACACACAAAGAAGAAUGGUGAACCUGUGAAUGCACAAGCUGCUGAAGUUAUUGAGAAGCUACAAGUUCUUGCAAAUGAAAAACCAGAUUCAUGCACAACACAGAAUACUGUACAAGAUGCUCUCACUAUCAUAUUUGGUCCUGACAAGAAUGGUAGAUCAUUAGCUAAUGGGAGGGGAGUAACUAAUACAAAGUUAGCUAUUCUAAGAUCAAUCUGA